AUGAUAACUCAGUACAAGCGCAACCUGUUAACGCUACUUGCCAUUGGUGGAUCGGCGUUGGGGCAGCAGUCGGCCUGGGGACAAUGCGGCGGAAUCGGAUGGAGCGGCGCAACAACAUGUGUAUCUGGGUACUACUGCUCUUUCCAAAACAAUUAUUACUCUCAGUGCAUUCCAGGUUCGGCCACUAGCGGUACUUCUACAACUACGCUCGUUACAACUACGCUCGUUACAACUACCUCUACGAAGACGUCUUCAACUUCUUCCGUGCCGACGGGCAAAGUAAAAUUUGCCGGUGUCAAUAUCGCCGGCUUCGACUUUGGCAUGGUGACUAGUGGUACUCAGGACCAGACUCAGGUCGUUGAUGAGUCUGUGGAUGGUGUCAACCAAAUGAACCACUUUGUCAGCGCUGACACCUUCAACAUCUUCCGCCUCCCGACAGGUUGGCAGUAUCUUGUUGCCAACAAUCUUGGUGGCUCUCUCGAUUCGACAAACUUUGGCAAGUAUGACAAAAUGGUUCAAGGCUGUCUUUCCUUGGGUGCUUAUUGCAUAGUCGAUAUCCACAACUAUGCCCGUUGGAACGGUGGUGUCAUUGGACAAGGCGGUCCAACGGAUGCGCAAUUCGUUAGCCUCUGGACACAAUUGGCGACUCAUUAUAAGAGCCAGAGCAAAGUCAUUUUUGGAAUCAUGAACGAGCCCCAUGAUCUUGAUAUCACAACCUGGGCUGCUACGGUCCAGAAGGCCGUGACUGCGAUCAGAAAUGCUGGAGCCACGUCUCAAAUGAUCCUGCUCCCUGGUACAGACUAUACAAGCGCUGCAAACUUCAUUGAGAAUGGCUCUGGUGCCGCUCUAGCAGCGGUAGUCAACCCAGAUGGAACUACCACUAAUCUGAUAUUUGAUGUUCACAAGUACCUCGACAGUGACAAUAGCGGCACCCACGCCGAGUGCACGACCAACAAUGUCGAUGCAUUCAACAGCCUCGCACAGUGGCUGCGCUCAGUCAAUCGGCAAGCUUUGCUGAGCGAGACUGGAGGCGGCAAUGUCCAGAGUUGCGGAACAUACAUGUGUCAGCAGCUUGAUGCCCUGAAUGCAAACUCUGAUGUUUACCUCGGCUGGACUUCUUGGAGCGCUGGGGCCUUCGAGACAUCCUAUGUCCUGUCUGAAGUGCCAACGAACGGUGUUGAUCAAUACUUAGUCCAACAGUGCUUUGUCCCUAAGUGGAAGAAUUGA